GUUUUUGUUUUUGUUUUUUUUAAAGAUCAUGUCUUUGUUCCGUAUUUUAAAGGAUGCACAGCCAGGCACUUCCUCGGAGUCAGGGGGAGAAGACAAAAAGAAAAGUAGAUUAAACAGACUGCAGGAACUCCAGCUACGUAUGAAUGAAGCAAGAAAGAUGAACCAUCAGGAAGUUGUAGAAGAAGAUAGAAGAAAGAAACUGCCUGCAAACUUUGAACAAAAAAGGAAAUUUGUAGAAUGGGAAGAACAAGAAGAGAAAAAGAGAAAAGAAGCUGAAGCGAAGGGUGAGGACUAUGACAGGGUUAAACUGCUGGAGAUUGGAGCUGAUGAUGCAGAAAAAUGGGAGAGAAAGAAGAAGAAAAAGAAUCCUGAUCCUGGAUUUUCAGAUUAUGAGGCGGCUACCUAUAGGAAGUACCAGAGAAACACAAAGAAUCUUAAACCAGAUCUUGCUGACUACUCCAGACAGAAAGAGAAAAUGGGUGAUGAUUUCUAUGCUACCAAGAACACAUUGGGUCUGACACAGAGAAAAGAUCCAAAGGAAGCUGUAGAUAGAAUGGUGGAUGACCUUGAAAAACAAAUUGAAAAGCGUGCAAAAUACAGCCGGAGGCGUGCUCAUGAUGAAGAUGCUGAUAUUGACUAUAUCAAUGAAAGAAAUGCUAAAUUUAACAAGAAACUGGAAAGAUUUUAUGGAACAUAUACUGCAGAAAUCAAACAGAACUUGGAAAGAGGGACAGCAGUCUAGUGUUUUACUGUGUAUAGUGGGGAUGUUUUUUUUUUUUUUUUCAAGUAAAACAUUUCCAGAGGUGAUUUCUUUGAAUGUCAGAUAGUAAGAGACUUGCUAGGAAUAAGGUUCACAUCUGGUAUAAGAGAUGGUUGCUAUGGAAACAACGUCAAGGUCUUCAAACAGUUAAUUUGUAAAUUAUCAUCACUUGUGUUGAGUAGCUUAGCUUUGAGGCAGGGAUGAUUAAAGUUAUAAGCAGCCAUUUUACACAGCUUUUACAUCAUCUGUAUUUAAAAACAGAAUUCAGCAUAUAUUUGUCAGUAUGGCAGUGGUGUUACAGCCCCAUUUUGGACAUAGCAUGAGGAUAUUGUAGUUCGGUUGUAAAAAAGAUACUUCUGUAGGCACUGACACUAUCAUGUAGGUCAAAAGUCAGAAUCUGACAUAAUUUUAAAAGACAAGUAAUUUUGAGUUUUAGGUGAGAUUAUGAUAAAUGGCAAAAUGGGAAAGACAUUUUUGUACACUACUGAAUAAAUGUGUUUUGAAUACUGGACUUUAAAACUCAAGCUCUUUAAUAAAUCACCUGGGUCAUCUUUCAUAUACUUAUUAAAACUUCAGGGGAUUCUCAAUCAGUUUGCAAAUGACUCAUCUCUCCGCUUAUGACUUUUUAGCUCACCUGUCACAAAGUGACAAGGUGAGCUUUUGUGAUCGUGCGGUGUCCGUCGUCCGUGCGUCCGUAAACUUUUGCUUGUGACCACUCUUAAGGUCACAUUUUUCAUUGGAUCUUUAUGAAAGUUGGUCAGAAUGUUCAUCUUGAUGAUAUCUAGGUCAAGUUCGAAACUGGUCACGUGCCUUCAAAAACUAGGUCAGUAGGUCUAAAAAUAGAAAAACCUUGUGACCUCUCUAGAGGCCAUAUAUUUCACAAGAUCUUCAUGAAAAUUGGUCAGAAUGUUCACCUUGAUGAUAUCUAGGUCAAGUUCGAAACUGGGUCACGUGCCAUCAAAAACUAGGUCAGUAGGUCAAAAAUAGAAAAACCUUGUGACCUCUCUAGAGGCCAUAUAUUUCACAAGAUCUUCAUGAAAAUUGGUCAGAACGUUCAACUUGAUGAUUUCUAGGUCAAGCUCGAAACUGGGUCAUGUGCCAUCAAAAACUAGGUCAGUAGGUCAAAUAAUAGAAAAACCUUGUGACCUCUCUAAAGGCCAUAUUUUUCAUGGGAUCUGUAUGGAAGUUGGUCUGAAUGUUCAUCUUGAUGAUAUCUAGGUCAAGUUCGAAACUGGGUCACAUGCCAUCAAAAACUAGGGCAGUAGGUCUAAAAAUAGAAAAACCUUGUGACCUCUCUAGAGGCCAUAUAUUUCACAAGAUCUUCAUGAAAAUUGGUCAGAACGUUCAACUUGAUGAUUUCUAGGUCAAGUUCGAAACUGGGUCACAUGCCAUCAAAAACUAGGUCAGUAGGUCAAAUAAUAGAAAAACCUUGUGACCUCUCUAAAGGCCAUAUUUUUCAUGGGAUCUGUAUGAAAGUUGGUCUGAAUGUUCAUCUUGAUGAUAUCAAGGUCAAGUUCGAAACUGGGUCAUGUGCCUUCAAAAACUAGGUCAGUAGGUCUAAAAAUAGAAAAACCUUGUGACCUCUCUAGAGGCCAUAUAUUUCAUGAGAUCUUCAUGAAAAUUGGUCAGAAUGUUCACCUUGAUGAUAUCUAGGUCAAGUUCGAAAGUGGGUCACGUGCCUUCAAAAACUAGGUCAUUAGGUCAAAUAAUAGAAAAACCUUGUGACCUCUCUAGAGGCCAUAUUUUUCAUGGGAUCUGUAUGAAAGUUGGUCUGAAUGUUCAUCUUGAUGAUAUCUAGUUCAAGUUCGAAAGUGGAUCACGUGCCAUCAAAAACUAGGUCAGUAGGUCAAAUAAUAGAAAAACCUUGUGACCUCUCUAAAGGCCAUAUUUUUCAUGGGAUCUGUAUGAAAAUUGGUCCGAAUGUUCAUCUUGAUGAUAUCUAGGUCAAGUUCGAAACAGGGUCAUGUGCGGACAAAAACUAGGUCAGCAGGCCUAAAAAUAGAAAAUCUUGUGACCUCUCUAGAGGCCAUACUUGUGAAUGGAUCUCCAUUAAAAUUGGUCAGAAUGUUCACCUUGAUGAUAUCUAGGUCAAGUUUGAAACUGGGUCACAUGCCUUAAAACACUAGGUCAGUAGGUCAAAUAAUAAAAAAACCUUGUGACUUCUCUAGAGGCCAUACUUUUCAUGGGAUCUGUAUGAAAGUUGGUCUGAAUGUUCGUCUUGAUGAUAUCUAGGUCAACUGGGUCAACUGCGGUCAAAAACUAGGUCAGUAGGUCUAAAAUUAUUAAAAUCUUUUGACCUCUCUAGAGGCCAUAUUUUUCAAUGGAUCUUCAUGAAAAUUGAUCUGAAUGUUCACCUUGAUGAUAUCUAGGUCAGUUUCGAAACUGGGUCACGUGCGAUCAAAAACUAGGCCAGUAGGUAUAAAAAUAGAAAAACCUUGUGACCUCUCUAGAGGCCAUAUUUUUCAUGAGAUCUUCAUAAAAAUUAGUGAGAAUGUUCACCUUGAUGAUAUCUAGGUAAAAUUCAAAACAGGGUUAUGUACCUUCGAAAACUAGGUCAAUAGGUCAAAUAAUAGGAAAACCUUGUGACCUCUCUAGAGACCAUAUUUUUCAAUGGAUCUUCAUGACAAUUGGUCAGAAUUUUUAUCUUGAUAAUAUCUAGGUCAAGUUCAAAACUGGGUCACAUGAGCUCAAAAACUAGGUCACUAUGUCAAAUAAUGACGUCAUACUCAAAACUGGGUCAUGUGGGAAGAGGUGAGCGAUUCAGGACCAUCAUGGUCCUCUUGUAUGUAUUUAUGUUGCUAGGCAACAAGUCAUAUUUAGACAUUGUUUUAUGUAAGUGUAAAUAAGAUACUUAACAGUUAUAUUACCUGUCAAUAUUCUUUUAAUGAAUGUUCCUGGUAUGCAAGGUAAUGUGUGUACAUAAAGAAUUGAUAAUUAUUUAAUAAUUAUAGCCUUGGGACAGAAUUAGGGGUCUUAAAUCAGAUUCUGUCCUCACUGUUUUAACUUGUGCAAUUGUAUCAUUUAAUUUGACAGUCAUGUACAUUUUGUUGAAACCAAUAAAUCAUUGAAUUUCA